AGACUGUGGGGUGGUUUUGCUGUGAGGGCCUGGGAGGGAAAAGGAGGCGGCGUCCCCCUUUAAAAGCAGGGACUGCGCUGCCACAGCGCCGCCGAUGCUGCUGCUGCCGCCGCCGCCGCCGCCGCCGCCGCCGCCGCCGCUGCUGCUGCUGCUGCUCCUGCCACAGCAGGAGUUCUCUCCUCUCCCUGCUCUCACUCCCUCCGGCGAGUCCCAGUUCCCACAGGCCGCCUGUGAUUGGCAGAGAAGUCUCAAGCCCCCGAGGUCGUGACAUCAGCAGCAGCCAAGAAACAAAAAGCAUAAGGAGGCAUCAAACCGCCUCAAUCAAUUUACAGCAAGAAGACAACACACACACGCGCGAGCAGAAGGAGGCUGGAAAAUUGUGUGUGCACUCGAGAGAAACUCGAGAGUAAAGUGUCUUCUGUUACCCAUCCCGAACUGCUUCGCCAUUCAGGAACGGAGUAAAGAGAAACGGGGAGGGGGAAAGAAGUAUCUGUGGGGAAAAGUCGAAAUUUAAUGCCUUGGACCUGCAGUACCACACACCAGUCUGAAGCGGCCAAGUGCCCAUCUCUCCAUCUAGGGAUGCAAAGCGCCCAGCUUUUAAUUUGAAAAGAAGAAAACUUAUUUUUCUAUAUAGAUACAUGAUUCAUCUUUAUCUACUCAACACAAAGGACAAGACAACUUGUUGAUUGCCGUGUGUGCAAGCAAAGGGGGAAAAUUUUUUUUAAGAAAAGGAAAACCACCAGCCUGGUUUGACUGGGACUGCCUGCUGGCUAACCAUCUGCUGAAAGUAUGCUUCAGAGGCGGGCUGGACUUUGGAGAUUUUCUAUUUUCUGCUUAACAGCUGUAAGAGAGGCAAGUUUGGAGUAACACCAAGUGAUGCGGAAAAAAAACACACCGAGAGCAGAAAACUCUCCUGCAGACGCCAGCCUUGCCGCUGCUGUUGCCGCUGCCGCUGCCACCCCUACUCAGACUAACCUCCCAGGACUCCCCUACAGGUACAACCCAGGCAAUCGCAGACCACCCUCCGCCGCAGGGAUUCACCUUUGGGCACCUUUUUCUCAGAAUGUGUUCCCAAAACGAUGGGCGGCAGAGGAGCUAGAGGAGGGUCCGAGACACACAACCCCCCUCUUUUAUCCGUCCCGGAGGAGAAGGCAGCCAGCGGGUGGUUUUUCCUAAGGACGACUUCAGAACUUUUUUUUCCCCUUCUCCCCCUUCCUCCCCCUCCUUCUCGCUGUUGUUAUGUGUCAGCACUUGGCUGAGGACUUCUUGAACUUGCAGAGAAAAUAACUAACCCCCCAAACCCCCUUCAAAACUGGUGGCUUUUCAACCGCGGGGAAAAUUUAUUUUCUUUCUAUCCUCUCCCCCUCCCGGACACCCAACUUCUCUUCCUGGAGACUCCGAUCAUCUCUGCUGCCACCCGGGAAAGGGGGGGGCCGCCUCGACAGGCACCAGGGAGGAGGAACGGAUACAAAAAUCACAGCUUCAAUCUCCACCGCCAGAGAUUUUUCCAUGUGGAGGCUGUUUCAAUGGACGUGCCCCCGUGUGCUUCUUAGUCAAUCGGCAGUCUCCUAAAGGUUGACCAUGGUUGCCGGGAUCCGCUCUCUUCUAGCGCUGCUGCUUUACCAAGUCUUGCUGGAUAGUUCGGCCGGCCUCAUCCCGGAGGUGGGCCGGAGGAAGUUCGCUGAAUCCAGCCGUUCCACGCCGCAGCAGUCGGAAGAAAUCUUGAGCGAGUUUGAGCUGCGGCUGCUCAGUAUGUUCGGGCUGAAGCAGAGACCGAGCCCCAGCAAAAACGCGGUCAUCCCCCCCUACAUGCUAGAUCUCUACCGCCUGCAUUCGGGCCAGCUUGGGGAUCCCACCAUGGACUACCAGCUGGAGAGAGCAACCAGCCGAGCUAAUACUGUCAGAAGCUUCCACCAUGAAGAAUCUUUGGAAGAGCUGCCAGAAACAAAUGGGAAAACAGUCCGGCGUUUCUUCUUUAAUUUAACUUCCAUCCCCAAUGAGGAGUCUAUCACCUCAGCUGAACUUAAGGUUUUUCGGGAGCAGGUGCAGGAAGCUUUUAAAAAUAACAGCAAUCACCAUCAUCGUAUUAAUAUUUAUGAAAUUAUAAAGCCAGCAACAUCCAUCUCUGAAUACCCCAUUACAAGACUGUUGGACACAAGGUUGGUAAAUCAUAAUGCAAGCAAAUGGGAAAACUUUGAUGUCACACCCGCUGUGAUGAGGUGGAUUGCACAGGGACAGGCAAAUCACGGGUUUGUGGUAGAAGUGGUUCACUUGGAUGAUGACAGAAUGGUCUCCAAGAGACAUGUAAGGAUUAGUAGGUCUUUGCAUCAGGACGAUCACAGCUGGUCACAGAUAAGACCAUUACUAGUAACUUUUGGCCAUGAUGGCAAAGGACAUCCUCUCCACAAAAGAGAAAAGCGUCAAGCAAAACACAAACAGCGGAAGCGCCUCAAGUCCAGUUGCAAGCGACAUCCUUUAUAUGUAGACUUCAGUGAUGUGGGGUGGAAUGACUGGAUUGUUGCCCCACCAGGGUAUCAUGCCUUUUACUGCCAUGGAGAAUGCCCCUUUCCAUUGGCUGAUCACCUGAACUCAACAAAUCAUGCCAUUGUUCAGACUUUGGUCAAUUCAGUUAACUCCAAAAUCCCCAAGGCAUGCUGUGUACCAACAGAACUCAGUGCUAUCUCCAUGCUCUACCUUGAUGAAAAUGAAAAAGUUGUGUUAAAGAAUUAUCAAGAUAUGGUUGUGGAGGGAUGUGGGUGUCGUUAGCGCAACAGAAUUUUUAAAAA